UGGACCAAGCGGACGUCCGGCUUUCGAUGACGGAGGUCUUGAACACUAGGGCAGCCACAAAACAGACAGCUAGAGUAGAAAACACCGUGGGAUUUCUGAAAGAACGCUUUAAUUGUUCAGUACUUUGUACGAGUUGAAACACAGCUACAGAGAAAGCAGCGCCUCGGUCCAUCCCUUUUUACACGCCAUCAAGAAACGCAGACCACGCGAUCGAAAAUGCUCGGCCGAGUCCUUCUUACCGUCGACUGCAUCGGCCUGCUGUUUGGCGCAAUCAUAGCCGACUGGAACGAGACUCAUGUCUACAACUCCAGGUGGCCUCCGCACGCAAAAUUCCACAACGCGCAGACCAUCACGCUCUCGGUGAUCCUAGGACUCGGGACGCUCUUCCUCACCUGGAGGCCGUACCUGCAAGACACCUCGGGUCCCAAACGGCUGAGUCCCGAGCUGGCGCGGGACUCGCUACGCAUGGCGGCGUUCACGGGAUCCAUCUACUGGAUCGCCGGGCUGGCGGCCGCCUUCUUUCCGGGGACCAGCGGGCUCGACCCCGAGUUUGGAGGGCCUGGGUUUCCCCAGAAAUGGCUAUUCAUGGGGUUCGGCGCUUGUGGUCUACUGGGAGGCGCAGUUCUGUCGUGAUUGCGAAUGCCCCCCCGAGUGUUUGCAAGUAACCCGGGCUGCGCCUGGUUCAUCAAAACUUGUCGGGAUCAAUUACCUACAAUACGCUAAAACAACAAAAAGGGUCACCCGCUAGUCCAAUAAGGAUGUUGCUCUUAUGUUUUUUUUUUGGUCUUUUCUUUUUGAGCCGCGCGAGCCGUCUUUAAUUCCGGUUUAUUUUUAUUUCCGAUGAAAAUGACGUUUCCGAAAUUGAUCGGAUUUUGAAUGAAUCUCCUUCCAUUUUUGUGCUAAGUUAGUGUAGCAUGAGGUUAUUCGAUUUGCCGUCUGCUCGGUAUGUGGGCGAAAUGUGCUCAGUCUAUGCUAGCAAAGGCCGCGUAAGUUGGC